AUGCAGAGCGAGCACUUGGUGUGCGAAGCUCGUGCUGAGCAGCUGUCCACCGUCUCGGAGCAGGCGACGCUGCUCUGCGGCUUCAUCGUCAGCGCCAUGUGCAACGUGGGGGUACCAGACAACGUGCACGCCUACGUGCUGUUCCUGUACACGGUCUCAGGCACCGCCGUAUGUGUGGCGAUGCUCAUCUGCGCUGUCAUGUGCACUAAUUUGCAAUUGGCAGUAACACGCUAUGCAGCCCAUACAUUGGAGGACAGCGUGCGGACAAUCGACAUGACGCAAUUGGAAUGGGGCUCGCCCUUCAGCUCCUGGUGGCUCACAAGAUGCGAGAAGGAGCAGAUGACCGCCUACAAGUUUAUGCUGUUCGGGGUUGCGUCCUUCUUCUUCUACCUGGGGGCAGUCUCCUGGAUCCAAUUCUACAUGUCCACAGGGACGUCGCUGAGCAUCUCGUCGCUGUCGUUCGUAGGUUUUUUGAUCUGGCAGCUACGAAUUGCCAGCAAAUGGAGGUAUCUGCUCACUCCGCCGUCAUCGGGGACUCCAGCGAGCUCUAGGGCUUCAGUGUCUGGGCCACCACAAUCAGGGCGAAGGUCGGCGUUGUCGCACUCGUAUCUGUCGGCGCCGAAGACACCAACGUCGUUUGUGUUAAGGAAAUCAGUGAUGGACCCGACCAACGUCCCAGCAUCGACUUCCAGCUUCACCAAGUCCAUUACGCCAAUGAAUACACCGUGAUCGUCAAUAAAAAAUAAACGUAAAUAUGGU